GAGCCCCGCCGGAGGCCACCAUUGCUUCAGUUUGAAGACAAGGGACUUCAAUCGGACGGCGAAGCUAGAAAUUUGUGAGGGAUUUUGAUAGGAGUCGUGGAAGGGCAGCUCCCAAAUACUAAGAAAUGGAUGGUGUUUACCCUGUUUAUAUAAAUUCGAAAAAAACUGUAGCUGAAGGGAGGCGGAUUAGCUUGAGCAAAGCAUGUGAGAAUCCUACUUGUGUUGAGAUUGGCGAUUGCUGUAACCAUCUCAAACUCCCAUCUGUUAUUGAGGAUAGUUUAUGGAUUCGUUUUCCACAUUUCUUUGAUCUUGCUUGGUAAUUAUGGCAAUUUCAUAUGGUUAAAAGAUUUAUGUUGUCCUGCCUCAUUGGUCCAUACAAGUUGUUGCAGCAAGAUCAGCUAAAGAACAAACUUUGAUCAGCUCUUGUUACUUGUUGUCAUGACUCGUGAAUUUUGCAAUGCAGAUUGAUAAGGCAUAUCCUCGCUACUUCAUGCAAAGAGGGAGAAAUGAUGGUAUUGCCGAAAAGGGAAGAUGGGACCUUAUACAAUCCAAUCAUUUCUUCUAAUAAGGGUACUUUCUACUUGAAUUGUUCCUAAUUUCUAUUGCAUCUUGAGAUAGUUUUCAUGCUUCUCGUGACUACUUUUGGAUUAGAUGUGUGGAUUUCAUUAUUAUA